ACACACACACACACACACACACACACACACACACAUAUAUAUAUAUACAAGUGUAGCGUGUAGUAUUCCCCAAAAAACAACGAGUGAACCCGUGUCAGGUCUCCGCUAACCUUGAUGGCUUCAAUAGAUCUGGCUAGCGUUAACAACAGCACCGCGAAUAGCACGCAGCACACAGCAGCCACAUAUCAAAAUGCAAUCACUACGGGCGUUGCGGAGGGAGACGUAGCUACGGCGGCGACGCUGACGUUCGUCGCCGUCGUCAUCAUCGUCGCCACCGUCGUCGGCAACCUUCUCGUCGUCGCCGCCGUGUGUACGGAGCCGCGACUGCGCAAGGUCAGUAACUCGUACAUCGUGUCGCUAGCGGCCGCCGACCUGGCCGUCGGCCUGAUCGUCUGCCCGAUCAUGCUCGCCUACCACCUGCUCGGCGGCUGGACGCUGGGGGUCGUCAUGUGCGACGUGCUCGUGUCGGUGGACGUCAUCUGCUGCACGGCGAGCAUCAUGAACUUGUGCGUGAUCAGCAUCGAUAGGUACUACGCGAUCACGCAGCCGCUUCGCUACGUCUACAAGCGCACGCCGCGCAGGGCAGCGACCAUGAUCGCAUCCGUAUGGCUGUUCUCGUUCGUGAUCGCACUCCCCCCGCUGGUCGGCUGGAGGGAGCCGAGACCGGGCCCGAUGACGGAGUGCAUGAUCAGCCAGGAUAAGGGCUACACGGUGUUUUCGACGGUGGGCGCGUUCUAUCUGCCGUUGAUCGUCAUGCUAGCCGUGUACUGGCAGGUGUACAGGGCCGCACUGCGACGGCAGAUGCACUGGGUGCCCGGUCCGGGCUCCAGCCGUGCCUGCGUGGGGGCGUUGUGUACAUCCACGCGCAGUCUUUACAACUCUAUCCUCACCGCUGGGGACGAGAAGGAGGAGGAGGAACAUGGAAGGAAUUCGCCGGGAAAGAGGAUGAGCGAGCCGUGGUUGAGCUGGAGGUCCUCGCUUUCCUCCUCGUCUCUAUCUCUCAGACAUUCGGAUGUGGCUUUAUCGGCAGCUUCCAUUGGCAGACUCAAGAGAAUUAGGGAACUGUCAUUAGGGUUGAUGUCGAGCAGAAAAUCUCCUCCAAAGGGGAGCAACACGCUUAAUGCGAUCGUAGAGAGCAAUGCUGUUGUUGCCGCAUCAUCCGAUGAGCAACACUCCCCCGCAGAAAUACUCAACAACAACAGCAGACAGAACGAACUGCUAGAGAUGCACUCUAUCGGCGGCGAUCACGUAGUGAUCAAUAGCAGGCGAGUGGGCGGCGACGGUCAGCAUUUAGUCGCGCCUGUGUUAGCACAUCGCGUUCACAGGAAGAGGCACAGCGACGUGAACCGCAUCUCCAUGUGUCAGGAGCGGAGAGCGGCGAAGACGCUCGGCAUCAUCAUGGGCUGUUUCGUCGUCUGCUGGCUCCCGUUCUUCCUCAUCGCCCUCCUGAUGCCGCUGUGCGAAAGCUGCGACGUACCGCCGCUGGUGAUCACCGGCUUUACGUGGCUCGGCUACUUUAACUCGGCGCUUAACCCUAUCAUUUAUACCUGCUUCAACGAAGAUUUUCGUAAAGCCUUUGCACGUAUACUUCAUUCGAAGAUAUGCCUAAUUAGCCACCUGAAGAAUUGUGUGCUGCAGGUUCAGCCAUCUCAUUAUGUCUGACCAACCCAGUACCUAUAUAUGCGCGAGGCUGGGUAUACUUUGGGGAUACUGGCAAAAUAUUUAAUAGCUUAAGUGGCUCAAUCGUGUUAUCUUUCGAUGCCGCUGUUAAUUUGCCAUUAUUGCGUUUGUGCGUGCGUGUGGGUAGGAGUGUCUGUGAGCGAGCGCGCGCAUGUGGUGUCUGUACAUGCGCACUUUCCGUGACUACAUAGAAGUAUUUUAAUAAAUUUAGUUUCCUAUAAACGUACAUAUAUUCAGAUUUUAUAUUCAUGUUCUCGUUGUUAUGAAAAUAAUCUAAAUAAAGGUAAAAGGUGCAAUGUGAUGAAAUAUAAACACGUUUUUGGGACGACC